AUGUCGUUUCAUUUCGAGAAAGAGAGUAUUCUACCAGGUAGCGAUACUAGGUCGCCAUACCACAUUAAUGUCCCUAAUAGGGACUCGAAGCCUAUCGAUGAUUUGAUCGCAUAUUUUAAGUUCUGGAAGCAUUUCAUUAAGUCGCUCAUAUUUUAUUUGAAAGAGAUCAGUGUGAGUAAGGAGUUUUCUGCUAAUAUCAACUACCAGUUGAUCAGUUCCGUUCAGUUCCCGGGAUUCAAAGACUUGCCAUUGAAAUAUCAAUCGCUUCUAGAAAGCCAUAAUUCCCAACCAGGGACUCCGAACAAAGAGUUGAAAAAGACGCUAUCCGGAACGAGUUUGGCUAAUAGUGGGAAUUCAGUAGGCGUUGGAUCCAAUGCUCAGAGCAACCACGGAGGAAAUAGUAGCUCAGGAGAGAAUGCAGAUAAUGCAAGCAUUACUUCAAAUGACAAAAGGCCAGGCUUAUUCAAGACCAAAUCCAAUAACUCGACGUUCAUGAAGCGUAGUGGCACACCCACCUCCACUGGGAACCAAAACUUUAACUCUCACAAACGAAACACGAGUAGUUCUACAUUUUUCAAGAAUAUCCCUAAUCAUAUUAAUAGCUCCUUAUCAUUGCCAUUGCCAAUGUCAAUAGGGGGCCAUCAAUCAGGACUGAUCCUGGCAUUGCCAGGCUCACAUAAUACUAACGAUGUGAGAAUACCACCGGAGUUUUUCCCUAAUGAUUCAGUGAUUACUAAUUUGUCGCCGCUUCUCAUCAAUCACCAUCUUCAUACGUUUCAGGCACAGAUGAAAACUUACAAGGAAUUGAAAACAAAAUUGAUACCAAGAUUGGAGAGUUUGUUGAAGAACUUAUCUCUCAAAAUAAAAGAAAUUAGGUCAAGUUUGAAAAAUGAAUCGUUUGCAAACGAUGAAGUUGCAAAGGAAAUCAGUCAGACUGGUAAAAUAUUAACCACCUAUACUAGUUCCAUAGAGAGGUAUUCUGGCCCUAAGCCUGUUUUCAAGAAAGCUAUUGAUGAAAUUGAGGGAGAAGAAGAUAAGGCGGUUUUGGAUGAUCCGUUCUUACUUAAAUUAAAGGUUGACCAUCAAUUGAAGAAUCAAUUAAUUCAAGAAAACUUCCUUUUUGCAUCGUAUUUGAAUUUGCAAAAUAUCUCCAAGGAUUUGUUGACAUAUGUUUUGAAAGAAUUAAAUUUCAUCACUGAAAGGUUUGGUAAGUUAAUCAAUCAAGAAUCUUGCGAGUCAGAUGAAAUUGCUAUGGUCAGUCUUUUUGAUGCAUUAAAAAAUAAGUUACAGAGGUCUUCAAAUGCUUAUUGGGAGUAUUUCAUAUCUCAUAAUAAAAAUUUUCUCAAUAUCUACGUCGAUACUCCUGUUUCGAAGAAGAGAGAGAUUCGUAAUUUGAGCAAAUUGACUUUGCCAUAUGCUACUUCUAUUCAUAAUAAAUGUAUUAGGUCAGGAAUAAUUUACAAGAAGCUGAAGAUCUUGAAAAAUUAUAGUGGGCAUUUUUACGUCUUAACUUGUAAUUAUUUACAUGAAUUCAAGAUUGAAAAUGAUCAUCAACACAACAAUGACGAGAAACAAACGUCAACACCACCACUGACAAACCAAAAGAAAAAGGAAAAGAAGGGCGGUUUGAUUGAUUAUAAUGAUGUCCCAUUAAAAUCCUACAACUUGAACGACUACAUCUUACAUAGUAAGGAUGCUAAGAACUUUAAGUUUGUCUUGCAAAGGGUUUCUAACACAAGUAAAAAGUUCACAUUUAAAUGUAAAAGCGUAAACGAUUAUAACAAUUGGUAUGGUGACCUUCAGGAAUUGUUACAGUUUGGUAAUGAACAUCUAAGAAGAUUCAAAUUGGUUCAAGACAAAAUGACGGCCAAAGAGGAAGAGACAAAGAGAAUUCAUGAACAAAAGUUGCGUGAGAAACAAGCAAAUGCUGCAGCCCAUGCAGCAAAUGAGAAACAUGAAACUCAAGGAGCAUCAGACCAACCGACUACCCACGAACAGCAGGCUACAGCAGCGGCUCUUGCAGCUGCGGGUGUUCAUGAACAGAAUAUUCGUGAUAAAAUUGGUAACGUUAACUCGAAUAAACCAGGUCCAUUAAACUUACACAGCAUUUCGCUGGCCAACUUUCCAGCUAGCAGCUUGAUGAGUAGCCCCAUCAAUAGUGGUUCUGGAUCUCAAUCACCUGUUAUUAGAUCACCAUUGUCGAACGAGGUGUUAGUCGAGAGAAAUCCUUUCGAGAGAACUUUCUCGAACCACUCGGCUUCGAACUUAUCUUCGCCAAACUACUCACCAAACCAAAUAUUAAUAGGUAAUGCUACGUUAUCUCCACCUAUUUUGGCCUCCUCGAAUUCAAGUCCUCACCUUGUGGGCCAUCAGCAACAACACGAGUCUUAUUUGCAGGUCCAACAGGAAUACUUAAGACAGCAACAAGAGAUUUUGAACUUGAAGAUUAAACAGGCAGAAUUAGAACAACAAAGCCACAAUACCCAAAGAUCUCUUAGUCCUCAACAAGAAUAUUUUGUAUUGAGUCCUUCAAACCUGGCAAGUGUCUCUCGUGUCUCAUCGAACGAUUCUCUUAUAUCAAUGGCUCAACAAAGUCAACUUCAGCAAAUGUUGGACACCAAUAAGGAUAUUUUGAAUCGUUCUCAGAAUUUUCAUUUCCCCCAAAGUUCUAGUUCAAGUGAUUUGAAGCAAAACGGAUUGCAACAGGAAUCAAAUAAUGACCUUUCCUCGGGCCAGAAUUCGAGUUCUGAAAUCCCAAAGGUAUUUGUUAGUUCUAAUCAUUAA